UGCAGGAGAGCGUCACCGUCAGUCUCUGGAUGAAUUCCGGCUGAUUUCCUCGGGCGCCCUGUGAUUUUAUUUCCCCGCUGUUCUGGAGCUGGUUAAAACCAAACAGGAAGAAGGUUUCUCUCCAGUCAUGCAGAAGGUGGAGGGACGGUUAACCCCGGUCAACCUGCCUUCUUCCAGGGGCCCGAGCACCCCGGGGUCUCCCGCCACUGGCAUCACGGCCCGAGUGAACGACCACGUGGUGGGCUACAGAGAUCUGGCAGCGCUGCCCCGAGACAAAGCGAUCCUGCAGGUGGAGAGACCCGACCUGAUGUCGUACCAACCACACCUCACCUUCUCCCCACUUGACGCUCCACCCAGAGAACGAUCUCUGUCUCCUCCGCCUACGUCUUCCACCAGGUCUCCUGAGGUGAAGGCGCGUGGAGCAGAGAGUGAGAGUGACAGUGGUUCUCCUGGAGGAUCUACGCUGCUACUGCAGUCUGGACGCAAGAUCAGCGCCAGCCAGCAGCAUUUCCACAGACCGGAUAACGGAGCCAACAUCUACAGGAAGCCUCCCAUCUACAAACAAGAUGUUAAACACGUGGAAGGAACCGGCGUCAUUCAGUCGGCAAAGUUUCCUGCAGCUCAGCCACCGGACCCCAACCUGCCGUCCAAGAUAGAGACCGAAUACUGGCCCUGCCCCCCCUCCACGGCUGCCAUGGAGAUCGAGAGGAGGAAGAAGAAAGAGGAGCUGCAGGAGGAAGACGAGUUUGAAGACCUGACCGGUGAGGCCGAGACGCUGCGGGAGCAAGAGCUGGAAAAGAUCAAGUCCAACCUGGGCCGGCUCAUCCUGAAGGAGGAGAAGGAGAAGGCCGUCCAUUUCCGGAGGAAGACCCAGUCGCUGCCCGACAGAACGCACCUGCACACCAGUUUGUCAGCGAGCGCAUCAAAGUCUCCUUCACACGCCGGCAUCGGCCUGACCCGAAUGCAGUCUGCAGAGUUCUCUACGGACGGACAUAAAGGGCUGGCAGGUAGGAUUCCAAACGGAGAAGCUCGGAGGGAGAGGAUGGACAGAGGAAACUCUCUGCCAAGUAUCCUGGAGCAGAAGAUCUAUCCGUAUGAAGCGCUGCUCGUGACCCACAGAGGGCGCUGUAAGCUGCCGCCUGGCGUGGACCGCACUCGCCUGGAGAGGCAUCUGUCCACGGAGCAGUUUGAGCAGAUCUUCGGGAUGCCGAUCGGCGAGUUCGACCGCCUCUCGCUGUGGAGACGAAACGAACUCAAGAAGAAAGCCUCGCUCUUCUAACAGGAAGUGACCUCGCUGCCCGCGCAGAUAACUUUUGAUGAACCGCCUGC